GUGACAUGUCACACCAAACGAGCCCGCAAAACAAGCAAAAAUGAACAAGAAACAGAUGUUUGGAAAGUUUCUUCGGAACAGGACAAAAUGCCCAAUGAGGAGACGGAAGAAGAAGAGGCUACGACGUCUAAGAAAAGGAAAGCUGUAUUUAAAAGAACAUUUUUAGAGUCCUACUUAAAAUAUGGAUUUAUCGCUACAGGUGACUCUGACGCGUCAAGCCCACUCUGCAUAAUAUGUGGCGACAAGCUAGCUAACGAGGCAAUGAAGCCUUCAAAACUGCUUUGUCACAUGGAGCCCAAGCAUCCUGCAUUAAAAGUCAAACCUUAACCACUUCGGGUGUCAUUGUCUCCAAUUACGCAUAGAUGGGACCGGCUCAUUUCUGAGAAACAAGCUUCCACUAAUCCAACGUAAUGGUGACUUUCACUUUUAUGUGACCAGGCCCAGACAGAAGCUGAUCAAAACGCACCAUUAAUUGUAAAUGAAGACAACAAAAGAUAUGGUGAUCUACCCUCCACCCACCUACCAUCAUCUCCCUUUUUUGGCGACCUGCGUGCCGAGAUGAUCAAAACCGCCAUGACCAUCAAAAACAGGCUGAGGUACAUCUGCACCAGAGGACCAGCAGCAGCGGCAGCAGCAGCGGCAGCAGCAGCAGCAGCUGCACAGUGGUGCAACCAUGAGGUCAGAGGCCUUCCUCCUCUACUUCAUGCUACUGCACAUAGCUGGAGCCGGCUUCCCAGAAGACAGCGAGCCUAUAAGCAUCUCUCACGGCAACUAUACAAAGCAGUACCCGGCUUUUGUAGGCCACAAGCCCGGCAGGAACAACACGCAGCGGCACAAACUGGACAUCCAGCUCAUUGUGAUCAUGAACAAGACUUUAUUCAUCGCUGCCAGGGAUCACAUAUACACAGUGGACACGGACACCGCCGUGAAUGACGAGAUCUUUUUCACUAAGAAAUUGACAUGGAAGUCCAGGCAGGGUGACGUGGACACGUGUCGAAUGAAAGGGAAGCACAAGGACGAGUGUCACAAUUUCAUCAAAGUCCUCCUGCAGCAAAACGACGACGCCCUGUUUGUUUGCGGGACAAACGCGUUCAACCCCUUGUGUCAAACGUACAAGAUGGACACCUUGGAAGCUCUCGGAGAGGAGAUCAGCGGGAUGGCUCGCUGCCCUUAUGAUGCCAAGCAUGCCAACGUUGCCCUCUUUGCUGACGGCAAGCUGUACUCGGCCACGGUCACCGACUUUCUGGCCAUUGAUGCGGUCAUCUAUCGUAGCCUUGGAGACAGCCCGACUUUGCGUACGGUUAAACAUGACUCCAAGUGGUUAAAAGAGCCCUACUUUGUGCAGGCAGUCAAUUACGGCGACUUCAUCUAUUUCUUCUUCAGGGAAAUUGCCAUGGAGUACAACACGAUGGGAAAGGUGGUGUUUCCUCGAGUGGCGAGGGUUUGCAAGAAUGACAGAGGCGGUUCACCCCGCGUCCUGGAGAAGCAAUGGACAUCAUUCCUCAAAUCCCGCCUGAACUGCUCCAUUCCCGGCGACUCCCAUUUCUACUUCAACAUCCUCCAGGCGGUGACUGACGUCAUUCACAUCAACGGGAGAGAUGUUGUGAUGGCCACUUUCUCCACACCGUACAACAGCAUUCCAGGCUCGGCCGUAUGCGCCUAUGACAUGGCGGAGGUGGCCAACGCGUUCACCGGGCGCUUCAAAGAGCAAAAAUCCCCAGACUCCACCUGGACGCCUUUUCCCGAAGAGAGGGUUCCCAAACCAAGGCCUGGCAGCUGUGCCGGCAGUCCAUCUAUGGAGAGGUACAAGGUCUCCAAUGAGUUCCCCGAUGACACGCUUAACUUUAUCAAGAUGCAUCCCCUGAUGGAUGAGGCCGUGCCCUCCAUCGCCAACCGGCCCUGGUUCCUCAAAACCAUGGUUCGUUAUCGCUUGACCCGCAUUGUGGUGGACAGCGAAGCGGGCCCCCAUAAGAACCACACCGUGGUCUUCCUGGGAUCUGAGAAAGGCAUUAUCCUCAAAUUCCUUGCAAAGAUGAACAACGGCUUCCUGAACGACAGCUUGUUCCUGGAGGAACUCAACGUCUACAAUCCCGACAAGUGCAAUAUAGACGGCGUGGAAGACAAGCGCAUCGUCGGCAUUCAGAUGGACGCCAAGGGUCACGCCCUGUGGGUGGCGUUCACUUCCUGUGUGGUUAAAGUGCCUCUGUCUCGCUGCGAAAGACACGGAAGAUGCAAGAAGUCCUGUAUCGCCUCCAGGGACCCUUACUGUGGUUGGGUGUCGGAAGGAGCAUGCAGACAAGUGAUUGGCAGCAAAUCCGCCUUUGAGCAGGACGUGGAGCAUGGUAACACAGAUGGCCUGGGAGACUGCCAAAAUACCUUCGUGGCACGGAAUGGCCGCCGUCACCACCAUCACUACCACACCCUGUCACUCCCCACGCCGGCCCUACCCGAGGCCGCCGAGGGCCCCCUGGGCCGGGGCCGCAUGGUGGAGCAUAAGGUGCCCCCCAUGAGUUCAGACACGGGAGAGGAGCCCUACAUGGCCGUACCCUCUCAGACUCAGCCCGAAGUCGAUGGCGUGAUCCGCGAGAGCUACCAGAAGGGUCGCGACCAGCUGGUUCCCGUCACCCUGUUGGCCAUCGCCGUCAUCCUGGCGUUUGCCAUGGGCGCCAUCUUUUCCGGCAUCAUUGUUUACUGCGUUUGCGACCACCGGCGGCGAGACUUGGACCUGCCCGGCCGCAAGGACAAGGACAAUCACCACCUGCACUCUCGCCGGGGCUCCAUGAACAGCGUGACCAAACUGACGGGUCUGUUUGAGACGCAGGCCAAAGACGGCCGACCCGAGGCCAUUCUGACGCCUUUGAUGCACAACGGGCGACUCACGGCCAACGGAAAGAUGCUCAUCAAAGCCGACCAGCACCACCUGGACCUCACCGCUCUGCCGACACCAGAGGCCACACCCAUGCAGCCGCGCCGCAAGCCCAGCCGGGGCAGCCGCGAGUGGGAACGUAACCAGAACCUCAUCAACGCUUGCACCAAGGACAUGGCGUCCAUAGGCUCCCCUGUCAUCUCAGACCUGCCCUUGAGGGCGUCCCCGGGACACAUCGCCAGCGUGGUGGUGCUGCCUCUGCCGCAGCACCAGCACCAGCUCCCACCUCACCUCCAGCAGUCCUACCAGCACGAGUACGUCGAGCAGCCACACCCCAGCGACCUCGGCGUGGGCGUCGUGGACAACCAGGGCGCCACCCUGGAGUACAAGACGGUGAAGAACGCCCACCACAAUCUCACCAUGGUGGGUCCGGACGGGGUGCUGCCGCCCCGUGUGCCCCAACGGGAAGCUUCGCUCACCAUCCCGCCGGCGGUGCCGCAAAUGGGCAAGCGCCUCGAGGUGCACUCGUCCAUCUACGGCCUCCGGAAAGGCUCGUCAUCUUCCGCCUCAGGCUCGUCCGGCCUCAAGAAGCACAACACCAACUCGUCCAACUCCUCCCAUUUGGCGAGGCACCAGAGCUUCAACCGCGUGGAAACACCGCCCCCCGCGCCCCAGCGGGUGGACUCAAUACAAAUGACAGCGCAGGGCAUUUCUCUGUCGCGGCAGCCAGGCGUGAGCUCCUACGGUUCGCUGCCCCGUGGAGGCAUCAAGCACCUCAAGCCCGACGUCCCCCCAAAACCGUCCAUUGUGUCGCUUUCCACAAAGGUGAAGUCCAGCGACAGCUGCACAUAGUCUGACGGGGGUCUUUCGGACUACACGAUAAUUUUUUUGUUUGGGUGUACAGUACGGUUGGUCAUGGGACCGUUUUUUUUAAGACAACCCUUUCUUUUAUACAAACGUGUAAAUAACAAGCGGGGGAACAAUUGCUACAGACAAGAGGACCCAGACGAUUUGAUCUGUGUAGCAUGGACAAGUGGGGGCUUUCUUGAUCUCUACCAGGACAAAAUGGAUUCAGGUGGGCAAUGGGGAACCGGGUGGGGUUUUUUGAGUGUACAGUACAUUUAGGGCCCGCCUGCCCGAAGACUGGAAAUACGUUUCAGCUGCCUGUCGGAAUACUGUGAAAAGCCUCCAAGUGUUACAGCAAUCAAACCGCCGCCUGGACUGGCCCGGACCAGAAAAAUCCUCCCGUUUCACUGAACAACACUUGACUGCUAAUACUAAUAGCGCGUUGUAUUUAUUUUUUAUGAAGUGCUUUUGAAGAGAAAAAAAAAAAAGACUUUUUAGGAUCAUCAAUGAGAGGGCAGAAAAAUCUUUUUAAUAUGAAUUAAUCAAGUGUGAUUGAAAAAAAAAUACAACACAUAUUUAAAGUCAUUAAACUGGAGCCAGUAGAUUUUUUUUUCUUAAUGACUUAAAGGUGAGGAAGAGAAGAUAUUUAUUUACAGUGUGCCACAACGGACUUUUACUGUCAUAGACCAUUUAAUUUAAAAGGAAUAUUUACCCUUUUCAAUCCAUGUGUGUGUGUGUGCGUGCGUGUAAUGCCGCUCCUGAUUGGCUAUGUCAUAUCAAGAAUCUUUCUUUAAACCCAUCCCCACAUGUAAAUUUGUGCCUUACACCUUCAAGUAGUAACAAUGUUUUCUUCGAUAGUUGUUAACAUGUAGUGUUUUUACUUUCUUACGUCAUGUUUCCCUGAUUUGAUAAAAAUUCAAUUAAAGAAUGUAGAUGUUAUUGUUGUAAUUCUACUCCCCUACACACACACAACCACAAACAUCUAUGUUGUCAACUGUGCCAUGAAUGAGCUUUUGUUUUAUGUGUCCACCGAGACGUCAUUGUUGUCGUGUUUUUACACAAUUGUACAAUUGUAAGGCGGUGGCACGACCGAUUGACACAUUUGUUACGCGAUUGCACUGCUAGCAGUUAGCAUAGCGUUAGCGACCCGAGCUUAUCUGGUAGUGACACCAAACGGGGCUUCUUGAGUCACAUUAAACAGGCUGGUUCCUGUGAAGACAAUGAAAAAAACCGUGACCUAAUAAUAAUACAACAGCCCAUUUUGUAAGGAGAGUCUUUAGUGCAAAGUUAACUAAAUCUACCCAUGUGUUAGCUGUCAUUUUUUGAGCUGUCCCCACACUUAAAUCAACAAAGCGCUCUUUUAGUGUUAUCUGUGUAGAUAGGUGAAUGUUUUAUUGAUCUGUUUUUUUUUCCCCCCAAAGCCAAUUUUGUCUCAAAUCGCAACCCACUUGAGAAAGGCUUUGGAUUGAAAGGUGGCCUGUGACUAUGCUAAUACAGUCUAUGAUUUGUUUGUUUCCUUGUUUAAAAAUACAUUUGACCCAAAAGCGCUUGUGGUUGGUUGAUGACCAGCCCAAAAUCUUCUGGAAUAAGCUCCUGCUCCUAAAUGCGGCAUGUUACAGCUUUGCAGGUUCCUGUGCCCCCCUGACAAGAACUAUCAAGUCAAAAAUGUUUCAAGUGGUCACAAGCAGACUGUGACAACUCGAGGAUGUUCUCAUGUGCACAUUCUGUGUGAAGUCUUUGAAUCUAGUUUAUGAGGUCCAAUCGGCCAGUGAGGUUCUCUGGUGUGUGUGUGUGUGCCUUGUCGUCUCUCUCCCAUCCCCUGAUAACACGCAAAGCGCAGUGACCGGACGAUGACGUGACCUUUGUGAGCUUGUAAAAUAUUGUGAUGUCACACGUUUUUUGCCCUGUUUUUCCACCUCCUUAACAUCUGAUUCACAACUUAAUGUAUGUUGUAAAGGAAUAAAAAAAAAAAGAAAGACUUUAAUUUAAUGCAAAAUGUAAUUUAAAAAGAAGAAAAAAAAUAAAUUCUUGUCAUGAAGUCCUUGA